UCUGAAAUUAAAGGGCGUCGAUGAAAUUUCUUUCCGAAAUUCUCGGUUGGCAGAUUGGAGAAAAUCAGUAGCAGGAGGCUUAUGUACAAAAAUGGCGACCACUGCGAGAAGGGCUCUGUUGUGCCUCCGCCAAACCCUGAACUCGACUGCACUUCCUUAUAACCGGACUUUAAAUGCCAUCGCUCCUCUUAGGUCUCACUUGGGUUCGAUUUCUCGCUUUUCUUCUGAUACCCAGUCGUUCGACAUUGAUCUUUCCAAUGAAGAAAACAAAAGGCGUAUCUUUAACAGAUUGUUGUAUCGAAGCAAACAACGUGGGUUUCUGGAAUUGGAUUUGGUUUUGGGAAGCUGGGUGGAGCAGCAUAUAUUCUCCAUGGACGAAACUCGUAUCAAAUCCCUCGUGGAUGUUCUCGACCUGGAAAACCCCGAUCUAUGGAAGUGGCUAACUGGACAGGAGCAACCACCGGAGGCAGUGAACAGCAAUCCGGUGUUCUCGGCUGUCCGUGACAAGGUUAUGAACAACCUUGAUAGCCAUUCUGCCCCCGAGACAAGGGCACUACCUGGACAACCGUGGGUAAGAGGAUGGGAUGACACAAAGAAGGCUCGGGACAGCCCCAUUUCAGGAAACCAGUAAACCUUGAUUUACCAUUGAAGUGGAAGGAAUUACAUUUCGCAAUUAGUCACGAAUAAGGAUGCCUUUCCAUAACUAAGCAAAUAAUAAUAAUCUCUGGUGGAAAUAUAUCAAGAUAGUGAUAUAAAGUUGCUAAGUACGUGGUGAGUCGUGUUACAUAUUGAAGGUUGAAGCUAUUGAGAAUAGAAGAUUUGUAUUCAAGAUUUCUGUUUUAUGAUAAUUAAGAAUGUACAGUAUGGUUUGAUCAA